AUGGGCAACACUCCGUCGUCCAACAAGGCGGAAAAGGGCAGUCAGCCCGCCUCGCCCGCCCACGCCCUUCACCAUCAACAUCAUGACCCUCCCCGACGCGAGCCGCGACGCCGCGAAUCCAUCCCGGCCCUGACGUCCAAGACGGCCGCUGCAUCGCNNUCCUCGCUCGACACGACCUCGGCCAGUGGACAGGCCAUCUUCCCCUCGGCCUACUCUCCCUCGCAACCACGCUCCACCCCUGCCUCUACCCAUCAGCGCAAUCGCUCCAACACGACAAACACCCCCAAACAGGACUCUCCUUCGGCACCCCGCCGCUACAAGAGCCUCAAGUCACCCAGUCCCCCAGCAGAGCCUCGUCUGUCACCUGCUUCACAGCCUGUUGAUGUCCCCCAAUCACAACGGCCUCCUCGCUCUGCCUCUCCUGCCACAGAAGCUGCCUAUCACCUCCCACCAGCCAGCUUUUCGCGGCCCCCACGCUUGCNNCCCCUCCCAAUUGAGCAGGAAGACCACACUCCUGGUUCUCCCAUCAUCUCAGCCGUCUUGCCCGAUGACGGCCCUGAACAAGCCGACCUUCCCAGGCGAUCGAGUGUUGUGAGCAGUACUGUUGACGAUGACGACGAAGAGCCAGACGGCUUCGAGGGUUAUGAGACGGCUGCUGGUGGCCCAAAGGUGCCCACUCUGAUAGAAUGGCGCAAUGCUAAACCCGGCGACCGUGUCUAUGUGACAGGUACUUUCACAAACUGGGAACGCAAAUUCCGUCUGCACAAGGACAAACAUAAAAAUGCCUUGUCGGCCACACUGCAAUUGCCACCUGGUACUCAUCACAUCAAGUUCAUUGCCAAUGGCGACAUGAUGACCUCGAACGAUCUGCCCACAACCGUCGACUACACAAACAUUCUGGUCAACUACAUUGAGUCAAGCCGCAAGAGCCUUCGCGACCCNAUGGACAUCCGACCCAAGCCAGCCGCUCAGGCAGACAAAGACCCCUUGACCUCCAAACAACCACAAAAUACUCCUCCCAAGUCAAACCUUGAUUCUUGGUACCCACCACCAUCGGCANAAGAUGACGCUCAGUCACCCUCUGGUUCUGCUGCAAGGUAUAGAUUUGAGCGCGCAAACGCAGCUGCCGAGUCUCAGCCAGCGCCUCCUUCCCUUCCAAUGUUCCUUAGCAAGAGCAUUCUGAACGGUACUACACCAACAAAAGAUGAUAGCAGUGUGUUGAUUAUGCCAAAUCAUACCGUAUUGAACCAUCUGGCGACAACCAACAUCAAGCAAGGCGUGCUGGCCACGAGUGCGACAACCAGGUACAAGAGAAAGGUAUAUUUCGGUUCUUCUCUUACAUCCGUCAAGUUACCCAAUACUAACUCUGGUGCUACAGNNUUUCUGACUACCAUCAUGUACAAACCGCGUAGCGACGGUGAAGAAUGA